AUGUCUUUUGGAGCUCAAGGUCAGUUUGGUGGUUGUAGCAGCAGUAGCUGUCCGUUGCUGUUGAAUGUGUGCAGCGUGAGACAGGAGCGUGCUUCGUCCACAACGGUCCAAGGGUCUGACUGGAGGUGCAAGGAUGUGUACACCAUGUUUGGGCUCACCCUGCAGCAGUUCAAGGAGAUGAACCCGUUCAGGGAGAUGAACCCGGUGAGACCUGCAACAUGUUGCGUGGUCUGUGCCUCGCUUGAGCAUGUUGAUUUGUUCUUCUUUUUGUGCCCUCUCUCCCUCUCUCACCCCCUCACCCUCACUCACUCUCUCCCUCUUUCACCAUCUCCAUCUCUCACCCCUUCUCCCUCUCUCUCCCUCUCCCUCUCUCUCGCACCCUCUCCCUCUCACCCUCUCCCUCUCUCUCGCACCCUCUCCCUCUCUCUCUCACCCUCUCCCUCUCUCUCUCACCCUCUCCCACUCUCUCUCACCCUCUCCCUCUCUCUCUCACCCUCUCUCAAUCUCUCUCAACCUCCCUCUCCCUCUCUCUCACCCUCCCCCUCUCUCACACCCUCUCCCACUCCCUCAUGCACUCCCUCUAUUUUACACUCUCCCAAAACCUUUUCACUCCCUCUUCUCCAGGAUAUCGACUGUUCCAAGCUUCUUCCUCAAGGUCGGGAGCAGCUUGUGCAUGAGAUUUUACCAGCUUGCUCUGCCUUCUACUACGUCCCGCUCGUGAGUUGGACACGAUGA